GGAGCGGAGUGUCCCUCCCCCCCUCCCCCGUAUGCAGGCAGCAGUAGCAGACAGACACGCCACCACCGGUGACUCGUCACUCCGCGCUGGAAGAUGGCUGCGGCGGACCGGCCCCCGGUCAGGGAAGGGAUCCGGAUUUUUCUUCUCUGUGUGUGUUGGUACACUGUGAGCUCAGGGGGCAACAUCGUCAACAAAGUGAUCCUGAAUGGAUUCCCGUACCCCGUCACGGUCUCGCUGUUCCAUAUCAUCUCCAUCGUCCUCUUCCUCCCGCCGCUGUUGCGGGCAUGGGGUGUCCCCAAAACAGACCUGCCGAGCCGGUACUACCGCUGGUACAUCCUGCCUUUAGCUUUCGGGAAAUACUUCGCAUCUGUGUCGGCUCACUUCAGCAUAUGGAAAGUACCGGUUUCAUAUGCGCACACUGGUGAGUAUGUUUCCUGCGUGUGUGUUAAUGUGAGGUCACCUGGACCGUGUCCGUGGGGAAACCUGAUCAUGAUGAGUCUGGACCGUCAGCUGAUGUUAGCUUCGCGGCUAACGCUGCUGGACUCUCCUCUCUAAACCGACGAUUUACUGUCCUGUUGCCUCUGUUUUCGUCUUAUAUUCGGCGAGUUGGGAACAGACAGGCUUUCAUGAGAUAAAUAAACUUACACCUUCUCAUUUAACUCCAAACAGGACAGCUUUAGGCUCUCUUUAGGAAUAUUUAAGUGGCACUGUUAGCUAGCUAGCCAACUUAAUUAACACUGACAUACUACGGCAGGGGGGAGGGUCCAAUUCUAAAUCCGCUCUGUUUCAGUGCUCUUCUCUAACUUUUCACCAAAAAUGAUCGACAAAUUACCUCUAUAACUGAAUUUUUACCAGGAGUGGAAUAAGGGCUAACAUUUUCUAUUUCUUCAAAGUGUGGUUACUUGAUGACUACUAAUCAAGUACUCUAUUUGAGAUCCACUUGAAGAUCUGAGUACAUACUUCAAGAGAUAUUAAGGCGUAAAAUUAAUUUAGGGUCAAACACACCGUAACACCGAGUUAGACAUCCCCUCGAGAGAUGAAUGUUGUAGACCGCUUGCUUCUCCAGUUAUACCAACUUUAGUAGGGACCGCAGGAUAGCAAUACAGAGAGCCACGCGCUCAACCAAAACGCCACUCUAUAGCCACAAAUAAUGCUCAGAACAGCACCUAACUUCAUCAACAGAACAUAUAGUACCGCUGCUUGUUUGUAGCUAGACCUCAGGCCAGUCCAUCACCGCAGCGGGGUGACGCAGCUCAAGGAAGAACAUUUAAAAUUGAAAUUAGGCAAAGUCCAAAAGAUUUUGAUGAGUGCUGUGGCUGGGACCCUAUAUGUACUGUUGAUGAAGUUAAUGCUGUUCUGAGCAUAAUUUGUGGUUAUAGAGGGGCAUUUUGGUUGAGGUUUGUUUAUGGCUCCUCAGACCGCUGUGUAUUGCUAUUGUGCGAUCAUUACUAAAGUUGGUAAACUUGGUGUUACAGCGUGUUUGACCCUAAAUUAAUUUUACGCCAGAACUUCCCUUUAAGGUGGGAGGGUAAGAUAAGCCACUCAAACUAGGCAUUUUUCUCUAAACUAAUUGCUGUUUAUAACCAACAGCAUCAGUGUGUAAGUAGUGAUUUCCACUCUGCUGCCUUUCAGGUUGCAGUCAUUUCACACUGUUGCUGCAUUUUUGUCUGAAGUGCACCUUUAUAGAUGGUCCCUGCACUCUUAAGUGAUGGAUGGCAGUGUGCAGAGAGAGGCUUGCUUGUAGGAGGCAAAAGUUAGGAAUUAAAUAAUUGCAAUAGGUGAAAGUAUCUGUCACUGCAGCAAGCAACAUUUUCUUGAAAGGUCCAUUGAAGUUAAAUAAGGGACUUCAAGGAUUUUUUAAAGAAAUUCUUAAGUUGAAAAAGCUUGAGACAAGAUUUAUAUUUGGACCUGUCUGGUUUAAGGUAGCUCAUAUUAAGAGCAGAGAUCAAGUUUGGUAAGAAAUUGACUAUUUGACUUGAUAAAAGUUGAGAUUUUUCCCCAGCUUGUAUGAUUUUAGUGACUUUUUUAUGUAAAGUAACACACUUAGUACAACACUUUCUGUAUCAAAUACUAACAUAAAAGUAAAAGUUCUUAUAAUAGAUGUUAGGGGAAAAAAGUGCAAGUACACAAAAAAAAACUACCUGAUCAUAUUGACGUGAGUAAAUGUAAGCAGUUCCUUUCCAUCCCUGGUUAUACCAAAUUAGCAACCUGAGCUGAAACCUCAUUUGGUCACCUGCUGUGAAAUUAGAUCAAACUAACUGGUCGUUACUGUUACUCGUUAUUAGAUAAACUUAACGAAACUGUGCUGUCUUAAUCAAUUCAAUCUCACCCCACACAAUUUAUUUUAGACCUCCUUUAAAUGAGUUUGUGAUGUGCACAUUCCGGUAAAGUGCAAUGCUGCUCAACAGCAAAGAAACAGGAAUAAGGACCAGUGGGUGAGUGUCCUAUACACUUCCAAGAAUAACUUAUCUCUGCAGGACCGUCUUAGACUCUUUAACCUGAUAAAGUGUCGUCUCAGUCUGUCAUGAAGCCUGCGAAUACUAUUUCUUUACAAAUAAAGACGCAAUUCAGACAUUCUGGAAACCACCUUUAAGAUUACUGGUAGAGUUUGCAUGAUUGUUAGGAUUUACAGCAGGGCUGUAUACUCUGGCAUAUCACCAUUUGACAGGCCUCUGUUGUUCUCGACACCCUCACCCUUUUAAUCAUUUCUGACAUGUCAGUGAAAUCAUCCAUCAUCAUGGACUCAGUUUUCUCUUCUUUUAACAAGGAGAUACUUCUCAUCAUUCCUGUCAACACCUAUUUGGCCACUUAGUACUAACAAGCUUUUACAGUAAAUGCCACUGUGGGUAUACUCAGAAGUUAACAGUCCUUCAAAGAUCAUAAAGGUUAUUUUGUUCAGAGAGGUUUAUACCUGAAGAUUGUUUUAUUGUGGGGAACCAUUAAACUGUACCACAUAUCCUCAUGAGCGGAGUUAGUCACAUUAUGUGAACCCUCUGUAGAAUAGAUGGACUUUACCAAAUAUCCCCCUAGAUAAAUGAGAAGGUCUGAUUCUCUGUAAAAUAUACCAAAAAAACUUUCUUCCCUCUUUGUGACAAACUUGAUAAUCAUCCUAACUUUUAACAGCAUUUCCUCUCUUGGAUGAAAAGACUUUAUUCUUGACCAAACUUUCUCAGGGAACUUUGGUGGUUUUUAAAACUAAAUCAAAACAUGCUUUUCCUUAUAGUACAGAGAAAUCAAAAAUGUAAAGUUCUUGUACUGUUCGAGUUUAAAUAACUUUACUACAUAAGUCAUUUUGAUAGUUUUGUUUGUGUAAAUAAAUCUGGUUCUGAUGGGUGCCUGUGUAAGAUAUCUUUAAAUACCAUUUAAAUCAUCAGGGUGCGACCAGCGCUGAGUUUAACCCAACUCAGAGAAAUAAAAUAGCACCCAAGUCUGACGUGGGACGGAACAGGAGUUUAAACAAUUGAGUGACAAAAGUUAAUAGUCUGUCAGAGGUGUGGGCCCGGCUCUGACGUAAGAGUCUGACACAUGAGAUUUCAACAUCAUGUCAAAGCCUGAUUUAGUUUCACACUUUCUACCUGCUGCUAUUGUAGAUGUAUGUUGGCUUCCAUACCCACCCAAGUUAACUCUAAUCUUUCUCUGUCUUCUGUUCUCCUCCUCAGUCAAAGCCACAAUGCCGAUAUGGGUUGUGCUGCUAUCAAGAAUAAUCAUGAGGGAGAAGCAAACCACAAAGGUGAGUAGGCUCGCAGUCGUCAAGGCACAAAGCCCGCUCUGUUUCAGCCUGUUUCUCAGUGUCUGAGAGGCGGCGGUGAUGAUGUGGCACCGUGCUGCGCCUGCACUGCAUCUCAUAUUACGGCCAUCUGCAGGGGCUUUUGUCCCCGAGGAUGAUCCAAGGCUGUGGGAGGAGGGAAGCUAGUGAGGGGAGUUUUUGUUUUCACAAAGUUGGGCUAAAAUCACCUGUUAAAUCCUAGGAAUGACUUCCUCUCUGACUCUGUCCAUGUUUAUGCAUGUCUUAUCUGUAAUGCUGCAUGAGUUGGUAUGCAGUGUGCAGGUAGUGGAAAGGCUCUGCACAGGUCGUGGCACAUUUCCAGACCAGAGGGCAAAGUUAUGAGAUAUCUAAAGGAAGCAUCAUGCCCCCUUUUUUUUCCUGACUCUGAGCGCUAAAGCUGGUGAAGGAUAAAACACGUUACAUACCCAAACAUUUUAUCUAACAUUAAUCCUCUAGGAAGGAUAAAGUCUGGCAUAGAUUUCUACUCCACAGAGUGACAAAUAAACUACUUUCUAAUGUGUCAUUUGUCUUUGACGUAAUCUGAACGACAUUACCUAAAACUGUUUCAUCACUGCAGUACACAGUUUUGAUACCCCCAAAAUUAAAUUAAAUUAAAUUAAAUGCCUAAUUUUAUUGGGAUUCAUUAAUAUCAGUUAUUUAUUUAAUGAAAGAAUAUUUAAACUUGAUGCUCACGGCUUCUUGUGGUGGAGCGUUACAACUUGACAUGUCUUUUAUUCAAACGCUACUAUAGAUGAAUAUUUGCUUUAAAGAAACGACUGAAAACUGCUGGAUUGGGAGUUGUUACUCAGUCUCAGCUCCUCUUGAUUCUUUGCCUCUGGUUGUUGUGUUAACAGUGUUUACUGAAGAUAAACUAAAAUAGAAUUUAAAUUUUACUGAGUCUCGGUAGGUUCUGGUUCAUAUCCCCUAAAGUCUUUUCACUCAACACAACACAACACUACUCACUGCUGUGUUUUAUGAGGAAUUUUGAAAGAGAAACUACGAUGUGGACCGUUUAUUCUGCACUAUUAUUAAUUGUUAACCUCAUUAGCUGUGCCUACAGUAACGUAGCUCCACAUGAGUUUGCUGCAUUAUGGCAUAAAAGUGUCUUAAUAAAAGAUACUACUUCAGAUUAAAGGUCAAGUGAAAUUCCUGAUGAGUGAAUCAUGUAGGUCUGAAAAACACGAAGGAGCUCUAACAUGAGCUCGUCAUGUUUACUUACAGUUGGCAGGCUGGGUGCGCAGACAGGGAGCGUAGGUGUUGGUGACGUGUUACUAUGUAAAGGUCCUGUUUGAAGAGCAGAGGGCUGCGGUGCUGUAACGAGAAACUUAAUGUUGUGUAAAUCACACCAGAGUGAUCGGUAGACAGAAUAAACACUCAAACAACGACAGAAGAUUGAAGUAAAAUAAAGUAAAAUAGUGUUUAGAUGCCACACAAUAGAUCACAUACUCUUCAAGAGUCAAAUCAGGUUUAACAUGUUAUUGAAAUUUGUAAGUAGUUGUAGAAAAAGUAACUAAAUUACGGAGUUACUGCAUCGUAAAAGUAAUUAAACUUUAUUUGCUCCAGUGCUCUUGAAGUGACUAUACUGACCUGAAUUUUAGUCACUGUCUGGGUGCUGGAGUGAGGUGUUUUUGACGUGCUUCUAGUACAAUCCAAUGUCCAAUCCAAGGUUGUUGUUGAGUUAUAUUUUUGCUUUUUAUUGAUUAAAUGAAAAACAAACAAAAAAAGACGGAAACGUCCAACUUAUUUUGAUAGUGAUGUUCGUGAUGAGAGUGAGAGUGGUGUCAGAGAUUAGCGGUAAAAACCAUGUACUUUUCCCGUUCCCCAGAUCACUGCUUCACCUGUGUCCCUUUGUAGCAUUUACCUGCCCAUUCACUCGAAGUGCCCCUUGUGGUGAUUGUGCGAGUAGCAAAACAAAACCUAAAAAAUAAUACGGAUAAAAUGGCUCAUAAAGCUCUUAUUAAUGCACCCUGCCUCUUCUAGUCUCUUAAUACACAGCUAAAAACCACAAAUAGUAAAGGAGCUUGUGUGAUCUGUUAUUGAGACAUUCACAACACUGGUUAGUGCAUUUCUCCUGAACUGGUAUCUAGCUUUGCCCAGAGGGAAUAAUAACUGCUGAUGAUGAUUUACUACUUUGUCAUACUACAUACUGAGCUUCAGUCUGUGUUUUCAUUAACCUCGUAAAUUCUCUUAAUGAUCUCUAUGCUCUUUAAUUGGUUAACCUCAAAAGCCUCCAACAUAUUGCAGUUUAAAAACUGCACUGAAGCAGGUUACACAUCAUCACCCUCUUCACCAAACUCAGAGGGAGGAGGAGCAACUUUUUAAUGUCGUAAUCAUCACCAUCAUGAUUACAGUUCUCAUGUGAGCCACAAAUUCAACAUUUCAUUAUAAUGCUUUGCAAAUAAGCUUAACCAAACACUUUGUUGGCUGUAUGAAAAAAACCAAACCCUGUAAUCUGACACAGUCAAAUACAACAGCCCAGCCAAUAACAUAUCAGACUAAAGCUCAUUACAGAGACGGGGUGCAGUCACUCAGUUUCCACCAACACAGGAGGGGAAGAGGAUUUGUCGCUCUAAUGAGUGCAGCCACUCUUUUUCCACUUUGGUCUGGAAGUAAACAAUACAGGAAGACCUCGAGAGCUGAUGAGGAGCCACAUUUUAUGACUUAACUCCGGAUAGCCGAAAUGGGGCAAAAAUCUAGGCCUCUGCCAAAAUAGAAUACGCCCCUCUUCAACUAACAUGCAGCCAGUUUCCUCAGACACACUUGUAAAAGUCAGAGCAGGUCCUCACUUCUUCGACAUGUCUUUGUGAUUGUAAAACUUACUGUCAUUAAACAAGUUGUUUCCUUGAGCUGCUCCACUUCCCCAAAGUGCAUCCUGUUUAAAACGUUAAAUCAUUGACCAGUGACUCAAGACAAGGCUAGCUUUAAAGGAACAGUCUGUGUGGAGCCUAUCUGUUUCAUUAUGUGUUCAGUUCAUGGGAGGAAUGGGUUAACAGUGGGUUUCAUAAUACCUGCAGGGUUUCAUCCUCUUUAAUCAUUCAGUAUUUCUAGAAAUGCAAAUACAUCUUGAAAUAGAUGUUCUGAGAGUUUCAGAGGUUCCCCUUCCUCUCAGUGUGGCCAGCUGUAACCUCUAAAGUCAUGUUUUCAGGUGGAGAUGUCGUCUUAAACUGUUGUCGGGUAUUUGGAUGAUCUGAUAUUGUUCAUGCAGCUCUGAGUGCAGGUUUUAUCAGCUUACUAUGGAUAUGUCGUAAAGCUUUUCCACCCCGAGUUUUCCCUCUUUUAAGUUUAAAUACUCCGAACGUUGUCAAGCUCCACGCAGAAGGAUGUAGGACAUGUCACAUUAUAUUUAUCACACGAGCAAAAGCUGUCAGUCUCGUAACAUCACUCGGCUCAUCUCUCAGCCUGUCAGAGGAACUGUGAUCGACCUUUGUUGAUGCUGAAGCUAGAGCUGCAACAGAUUAGUCAAUUCAGAGAAAGAUUAAUGCUGAGAUUAUUUCAGAAUAAUUUGGUCCUCUUUGUUUUUAAAACAAAACGGAUGUACCUGCUGUUUUCAGUUUUUUAGAUGGAAAAAGCCUGUAAACGAUAAAUUCGGUUCACCUUUUUCACAUUUUAUAGCCUAAACAAUCGACAGAUGAUACAGGAUAAUUGAUCAGCCUUUGUGAAGCAGUGCACAGUUUCCAAAACUAAUGAUAUUAAAGGGAUAUUCCGGCGUAAAAUUAAGUUAGGGUAAAACACAUCCUAACACCAAGUUGAUGAAUGUUGCCUCUCGAGUUAUACCAACUUUAGUAACAACCACACGGUAGCAAUACACAGUGUUCUCCGGUGCCACGCGCUCAACCAAAAAGCCACUCUAUAGCCACAAAUAACUUCAUCAACAGUACAUAUAGGGUCCCAGCCAUAGUACUAGCCACCAAACAUCUCUUUAGCUUUGCCUGAUUUCUUAAACAAAUAGACUAAACCCAACUCACCUACUCUCUUCCAGCAGCCACUUGUUUGUAUGGAGUGCAGCGGGGGAACGCAGCUCAUGGAAGAACAUUUAUGAUCAUUUCUUCAUGGAAAUGCAAUCAGACCAAGGUGCUAAAGCAGAAGAACUGCCGCGUCAGCAGUGCAAAAUGAUUAAUAUGAUAAUUAUUACUUCAAGGAAAUGAUAAAGUGAUGAUCAUUAAUGUUCUUCCUUGAGCUGCGACACCCCGCUGUAGUCAGUUUGGACUUCCCCUAGGUCUCCGUACAAACAAGCAGCUGCUGGAAGAGAGAUGGUGAGGUGUGUUUAGUCUCUUUGCUAAAGAAAUCAGGCAAAGUGAAAAUGAUGCUUCGUUACCAAAGUUGGUAUAACUAGAGAAGCAAGCGGUCGGCAACAUUCAUCUCUCGACGGGCUGUCUAACUCGGUGUUAUGGUGUGUUUGACCCUAAAUUAAUUUUACCCUGGAAUAUCCUUUUAAGUGCUAAUAAUCCAUCAAGAUACAAUAAGGAAAAAUAGUUGUCUGAUCGUAAUCUAUUUUUAAAUGUAUUUGAAGAGGGCACCCAAAAGUUGUGACAAUUACUUUGAUGUUCGUCAGCAGGCUGUGUAAGUUACUGAAGUGUCGUUGGUUUCAUUUCCAGCUAACCCUGCUGUCUCUGUGUGCUCCCUGUCGUAGGUUUACGUAUCACUCAUCCCCAUCAUUGGAGGAGUGCUGCUGGCCACAGUGACCGAGCUCUCGUUUGACGUCUCAGGACUGAUCAGUGCUCUGGCUGCCACACUCUGCUUCUCACUGCAGAACAUCUUCUCCAAAAAGGUAACAAACUCCAAACGCUGUCACGUCCAACAUGAUCCAACAAAGAGAGAGAAAGAAGGAGGGUUGAAAAUAAUCCAUAAUCCUCUGUAGUUUCAUUUUGGAUCACCUGAAAAUGAAAUCCUGGUUUGGGGGUUUUGUUACCACAGGUGGCUGCUAGAGCUUGACAGUAAAAAAGAAGCUUCACAGUCUUUGUUUCCGACUCUUUCUGAUCUUUUUCCCGCCUUUUUAAAGGUGUUGCGCGACACAAGGGUCCACCACCUGAGGCUGCUCAACAUCCUGGGCUUCAAUGCUGUUAUCUUCAUGCUGCCCACCUGGGUCCUGGUGGAUCUGUCUGUGUUUCUCAUUAAUGGAGACCUGGUAAGUAGCGUUCAACAAGAGAGUCAAGACUAUUAUGGAAGCUUGAUCUGUGAUCCUUAAUCAGACUUCUCACCUCUCAGACGGACGUCUCCGGGUGGACAAGUACCUUUCUACUCCUGGUCGUCAGCGGCUUCUGCAACUUUGCCCAGAACGUCAUCGCCUUCAGUGUACUCAACUUGGUCAGCCCGCUUAGCUACGCAGUUGCCAACGCCACCAAGAGGAUCAUGGUCAUUAGCAUCUCGCUGCUGAUGCUGCGCAAUCCCGUCACACUCACUAAUGUCAUGGGCAUGAUGACGGCCAUCGUGGGGGUCUUCCUCUACAACAAGGUGAGUUAUCGAGACCCCUGGGACAGUUCAACAGAAAUACUUAAGAAACCAAAUAAUCUUUUGGUGUUUCUUCUCAGCAGAUCCACUUUUUUUCUUCCUCGUAUCAGUUUGUGUUUCCAAGACGUGAGCGUUGUUCAAUAUCUGCGAACAAUAGAGUGUAAAGAACACACAUUGUCGACAGAAAACAGUGAUGGCUGACUUUAUGCUAACUUUGAUUAUAUUACACUCUGUCAGCACCACACUGGUGAUAUUUCUAAUCCUCCUGUUAUUUUACCUGAAUCUAGUUUUUUCCUCAUUUGAGGACUUACAGGUUAUAGAGACCUAUUCAGCGGAACAGCUUUGUCAACUAAAAUUACACCCACUCGUCCGCCAAUCAUUAGUCGUUGAUAAAAACAAGACUGCGUGUUAUUAUCAGCCUAACCUCUGACACUGUGGUCUGUUCACUGUAGCUGAUGGACUUAAUAAUAGAUAGAGCAACUGCUCAGUGUUAUUCGUUUCUACUUUUCUCUGUGAAAUGUAACUAGCUUUCAUUGAGGUUAAUUUAGUGUGAAAUAGUAACGUAGUUGCUCAUCUCCUUGUGUGCUAUUUGGAGUGAUCAGCUGUCGUAUACCAGUAGUCUCUCUCUCUCUCUUUCUCUCUUUAGUUGAUUUAAAAUCUAAAUUCUGUUUUCUACCACUUGACUUUAUACUACAAACUGAAGACUGCUUAUACGUACUGUGCUCUUACAGUAAUCCUGUAGUGCUAAUCUGUUUCUGAAUUAAUUCACUGAAUGAACUCAGGUGCCACUUGCAUAUUUAGAAAUGUUUGAGGAAGACAUUAAGGUAAGGGUAAGGUAGACUUUAUUGAUCCCACAUGGGGGAAACAGUUUCACCACCAAGACAGAAAGACUCAUACAGACAACAAACAGCAUGGAGACAUCAGAAAAACAUAGACUCAACACCAGAUAAACACAGUAAAUUAUUUCACAUGACUGUAAAUUUUGAUGCUAAUGUCAUUGAAAAGCAGAUGGUGUUUUGUAUUUCCAUGAAGAAAAGUCACAUGUCGGCGGUGUUUGUUUAACUUGGCAACAUCGUGUUACAAGGAAGGAAUGAGCGAGAGAGGAGGUGCUAGCUCUGCUAAUGGUAGCCAAACCAGUCAGACAUUGUUUCCCCGCAGACUCUGAUCCUGAGUAUCCUGCUUCUUCUUAAACUCUAAACUGUAUGUGUAUGUGAGUCCUUCGCUCCCUUCACAGCUGUCCUCUCCUAUAAAUAGGUAAAGACUGCUUGGCAUGCCGCCUAAAGCAGCUCUCUAUAUCUGUCAGUCUCUAUCCAAAGUGUGGCUGUGUGCCACUGAAUGAAAUGUAAACAGUCAGUUGAAGUAAAACUUUGUUUAUGUUGUGGAAACUUUGACCUACCCAAACUUUCAGAGUGCUGGAGGAAUGAAUUACUAAAAUAUACAGUCAUUUAAAACCCUUUCGCCUCUUUUCUCCUCUAACAGGCUAAGUAUGACGCCAACAAGCAGAAGCAGCUAUUGCCCAGCGCCAAGCAGGACCUGACGUCCUUUGACAACCCGGCACUGGAGAAGAUCCAGGCCAAUGGGUCAGUGCCUUUCUCCCACGGUUCAGAGCAGCAGCACAGCUGGAACAACGUGCUGACCGACCACUUCCAGUACAGCCGGCAGACCUACACGUCAAACUACAACAGCAACCACCAAUACGUGGUGUAAACGGGGAGCGCGUCCUCGCUCAGGCUCACUGUUACAGACGUUACUAUGUGUAGCCGCCCUCCCUGCCGCGGGUCCCCUCUGCCCCGCACACAAGACUGAAGGCAAGUGCUGUUUGUGGUGAACAGGAAGAAUGAGACGAGUCGCCUUUUACGGGCCAGUGACGUGACCUCUCCCACGCUCCUCCCUGUCUGAAUUUCACUCUGUAUGUCAUAAGUUAUUUAUUACUUUGGUACAAACUGUGUGACAUCAUUCGAGACAAAACAAACGGUUAAUCACCUCUUUUGUAACACUUUGAUAUCAAAUCCAACCUCUUUAUCCAGACUCGGGAAAAGUGGGUGAUCAAAGAUAGUAAAAACUCAUUUACACUUGAUGUCUGGAAAUGUCUGAGUUUGUCGCUACAGCCAGCUAGUCUUCACUUUCAGAGGAAGGACGUCAGCAGUUAUUAUCAACUGUGAACGCUUACUUGCACCAAAACAAGAGUCACAAUCCAUGCACACAGGCAGCUCAGCGGAGGGAGCCUUAAAUAUUUCAUUUUCUCUCAAUGGCACGUUCAGGAUUCUUCUUUUUCUCCAUUAGGCACCUCGAAGGAUGUAAAGAUGUUUAACCUGUUGUCCUCGCUGAGCAUAUGGAGCCACAAAUCAAGAGCUGGAGGCAGAUAGACAAAUGUAAACAUAACAGUGGUGUUACGCUAACAUGUGCGGUUAAAAACUAUACCUGACAAACAUCAGCAUGUCAGCGUUAUUACUGCCUCACAAAGCAGCUCGCGUGGCCGUCAGCUUCAGGCGCCUAAUGGAGAAAAGUUUCCAUCCUCGUUUGCUGGAUUAAAGAAAAAAUGCUAUAAACUUGUUGCGUACACAGAUCGGUAAUCAAUUUGCUGCUAAUUUGCUGAAAUUCGCACACACACACACACACACACACACUCAGUCCUGUGUCUUUUCAGAUUUUGCAGUGUCAGCAAAAACAAAGAGUGAGACGAGUUCUGUCGCCCAGAACAGUCAGUGACCUCCAACGAAUCUGUCCGCGUGUAAUCUGUCAUUAGCUUGAAAUUCGGCUGAACACGUCUGUAAAAUCUCCUUCAGAUGAUCAAACUCUUAUUUUUCAGCCGUAGUGUAAACAUAUUGUUUCAUACUGAUUAUUAUUAUUAUAAUUUAUAGAUCUAUAAAGCUUCUCAGGCAGAGCGAGACCCCUCUCCUGUCGGCUGAUUUGUUCAGCCUCAACCAAAGCUGCUUUCUUUAGUUUCUUUAUUUUAAUUUUCUCAUCAGACGCCCAGUUUGAGUGACUUCACAUUUCUGGGGUUUCAUUUAAAGCGUCUCUGUCACGUUUGGUGUCAGACGGUCACCGGACAGAAGAGAUGUGUGAAAAAAUCAGAGGUUUGGUUUGUGAUUAAAGAUUCAACUGUAACUUCAUGUAGAUCAGAAGUUUGUCAUCAUCACUGAUAUGAUCUGAAAACUGGUAACUGAUAGUUAAUUGUUAAGAAAAAGCAUUUUUAACUACUUGAGGAACCGUUUAGACGCUUAAUUUUCCCCUGAAUGGAUAGUUUUCCUUUUUCCAGAUGCACACGGAGCAUCUCACUGCAGCAAUAUGAAGAUUUUGCAUCGAUUUAACGUGAAGCCCAUUUGUGUAAGCGUAUGAAAUCAGUAUGUGCUUAUUUUUUUGUAGGGACAAUGCACAUUUAAUUGAUGCAAAAGUGCCAGUUUUAGUCUCUGAGCUUGUUAUUUUUGAUGUUAGAAAGGAGAGAGUGCGCAGUUUUAUGCUUAUUGUAUUUUUUUAGAGGACUGUUUUUGCCUUUUUUGACAAAUCACAGCUCUGUCUUGGUGUUUAGUACAGAAAAAAUAUGCUCUGGGCAUCCUAGAGACUAAUAACUAUCAAUAAUUGUCUGUUUAAGAUGUUUUGGGUUAUUUUGAAAGGAAAUGUAGUCUUUACACCAGUCACAGCUCUGUUCUUCUCCAGCAGACAGAGAAAUCACCAUUUUGGCAGGUUACCAAAGUUUCAGAUUUAGAAGAAAGUAAAAGAUAAAGUGAGUUUCAAAUGCCCAUAUUUCUUUGGUUAGGACUGUCGCUUGUUUGUGCAUGGAUGAUUAAUUGUACACUGUGAGGCUGUAUGCUGUGGUGUUGAUCUGCUGCAAACUGAAUGGAUACGCAGCAGACCGAAAAGUCUAACAUAACACCACAGACUGCAGCUUUAAAACAACUGGAGUGAAUCCAAAACUCCACAGACUUGUCGGCAACCAAUUAAAUUUUCGAUGUCUAAAGUAGGCAUUAAUCUGUCACAAUGUCUCUGUUUCCAGUCUUUUUUUUUUAUUUAGUAUCACCAACAUUUUCUACAUUAUUGCUUUUACUUAAAAAUGUGAAUAUGGAUAAAUUUAUGAAGAAUCACCUGCCUGAAUAGAUUACAAAUUCAACACCAGUCAACCUUUAUUUUAAGUUUAAAAAGAUGGACAGAAUCCUAUCCACUGAAAACAUCUGCUUUAAUGUAAUUCAACAUCUGAAUUAGAUUGUUUCAAAUUAAAAUCAGUUUCCUACGAAAUUUGAAACAAAUUCAACUCAAAAGUGAACUCAGUCUGUUUCAUCAUUGAUUUCGACAUGUCUUGCACCACUAACUGUUGAAGUUUAUUUGUUUUUAUCUGUAAAGUCAAUCAUCCCGAUAAAAGCUGCAGAGAGACGUGUCUCCAUGUGAGACAGCAGCGUCCAAACAAACUGUCCAACUAAGAAAUUACACAAUUCUUAUUCCAGAGAAAUGUUGACAGUUUCUCAACUCUCUGGGAUAUAUCCAGGUUUCAGGACUUUGAAAAUCAGCAUGUGGAUGCAUGUUCUCUCAGAGUGCAUCAUAGACUGUACAAAAUAAGCUUUUUUUUUAAAGCUCCCUGUUAAAUCAAACUCUGCCAGUGCAGAUGUUUUCAUCUUUUCACCUUUUUUCACUGUCAUGUCUUUUGUCAUGUUGCCAAAAGCAGUCUGUUAUCUUUCUGAUGCUGACGAGUUUCAGCAUAGAGGCCUUGUCUGCAGGUGAACAAGAUGUAGAAAAUUAUAAAUUACAACAAAGUUGUAGUUUAUGAACUCCUUGACGAUUGUUAAUUUCUGUACAGUGAGUUGUAAGAACUCUAAAUCUAUCGAAGGGUUGAUCUGGAUGUCGACUCUCCUGUAAAUCUUUUACUUGGGAUGUAAAUGACUCAAUGAAGGGUGGGAGGGGUACUUUGUAAAACUUGUAUAAUUAUUAUUUUUGUGCGUCUUUAAAGGAUCUUGAGACAGAAUUUUUACUUAACUGAUGUUUAUAGAGUUUUAUUUAUGUGUCAAGGUACAAAACUGUUGUACAGAAGUGCAGCUUUGCACAGUCUUGUGUGCUUAUGUUUAGUAAAUGCUAUUUUUCAAUGUUGGGGAAAAUAAAUGCAUUAUGGAAUACUGAA